AUGGGCGCCGCUGAUGAGCUGACUUCGCAACAGGCCCGUCAGCUUCAUUUUGAUCUGGAGUCAUCUUACAACUUUUUUAUGGCGUCAUCGCCCACUGCUUGCAGAUCUGCCUGUGAUAGAGUUUUGACAUGGGUGAUGAUGGGUUGGCUGAAAUUCGGAGGAUUGUGGAGGGAGAUGAGGAGGUAUUGGUGGUGUAAAAAUCCGAUAGUAAUUCUGACGGCAGCAAUGCAACACGAUGACGCAGCGGUGAAACCGCUGCCCCCUUUUAUCUUCGAUCGUUUCAGGGCCAUGGUGAAGGAGAGAGAGGAAGAACUUAGGGUUUCCUAUUAUGCCAGCGAUGACGUCGUUUCUCCCUUGAGCACUGAUGAGAUUGUUCGGCUUUAUGAGAUUGUUCUAUUGGAGCUCACCUUCAAUUCCAAGCCCAUCAUCACUGAUCUGACGAUAGUUGAAGCUGAAGGUCUAAGCUCCUCUACUUAUGGAACUGAGCAUGAUAGGUCAUUGUCACCAUCACUUGAUGAGUUUGAUGCGGAUAGUCUUUGCAGGCAACCUGCUGAAAGAGCAUCUCCAUCUCAUUCUGGCUUUGGUUAUGGGCUCCGCAGAGUGACAGGUACAGAUGAAAAGGCAAGUGAAUGGCGAGCAAGAAAAUGGCAUGAUGCUUCCAGACACCAGCUUAAAAAUUCAGCUGCAUACAGUUCUAAAAAUGGAGUUGAUCUUCGAGGACCUAGAGCUUUGAUUGAUGCUUAUGGAAUGGAUGAAAGGGAAAAAAAAUUUAACCUCGGACAUCCAAGUAUUGAACACUUGGAUGUAAAUGGUGUUGAUGAGAAGGCAUCUAUCAAGACAUGGAAAAACACGGUAGAAGAAGAAUUUGAUUGGGAAGACAUGAGUCCAACUUUAGGAGAUCGAAGUCGGUAUAAUGAAUUACAUUCAUCACAUGUUCCAUUUAAUGGUAACUUGACAGAAAGACACCGCUUUGCUACACACCAUGCUGCACCUUUUCCUACUCAUUCCAAAAGCAGCUGGUCUAAGAUCCAAUUUUCUUCAGCUACUGAUUCUUCUGUCAUAAAGGAUGUGCCCCAUAGUUGGUUUUCAAGCUACCGUUACUCUCGUACAAACAUGGCAAUCCUCUAUCAAUCUGGUCAUGGAGUAAUUAACAAGAUUACUGGACGCUGCACACGCACAGGUCAUAUUACUGCUUCUAGUUCUGCUCAAGAAUCCUGGAAUUGUCCUCACCCUUUGAAUUCCAAAGGAGGUGUUUCCUAUUCUGGAACUUACAGUUUUUCCUCAGCUGGUGAGGUAAAGCCCCCAGUAAUGGGUAAUUUCCCCAGUACGGAUGAAAGACUUAGUGUGCCCCCGGAUUUGGUGUCCACAAUCAGUUCUAUGUUUGACUCUCUGUCUCCAGAGAUUCCAUCAGCUGAUGCACCAGCUUUAACAGAAUCAUGGCUUCCUGCAAAGUUGCAGAGUUCAUAUCCACUGCCUUCACUUUCUGCUUUUUCUUAUCAAAUGCAUAGCAUAGGUCAGUUUAAAACUAUGAGUUCUGGUAAUGUCAUAGUUGAUCAAGGUCUGAACAAGUCAAUUCACUCGAAGCAGCAUUUCAGUGGCACUAACAGCAUGCCACGAAGCAAAUUGCCUCAAUUUCCUAUUCAGCGCUCUGGAUCAGUCCCCUUGAAUCUGCAAAGUUCUGCACAAGCUGCUCUAGUACAACCAUAUUUAUUAAAGUCUCAGGGGGUUCGGCUAAAUCUGCCUCUUCCUUCAGCAUCAGGCCUUUCACGUGCAACAAUUCAACCUCUGAAUCAUGGAUACACUGCACAGCAGCAUGGUGGUCCUAGUGAUACUUCCUUGUGUGAUAUAGUUUUGGGUGUGCAAUUUGAUGUUUUCCAUCUUCUAAGGUUUGAGAAGUAUCCAUGGGGAAAAUUCUCACUUAAAUACAAAAUGAACGUCUUCAAAUGUGAAAUGAAAGAUUUGGGCAUUCGUCUCUAG